AUGUCCGGACUUCCUCUAGCGACAAGAUGGCUCACACGCCCAUCGCUCUCAAUCACCAGAAUCUUCUCACCCACAGGCCUGGGCUCAAUUGCCAAUCUUCACCAAGGAGGACCGUCACGAUCAGCUGUGGUCCACGAACAAGCUCUUCCUCAAAGCCAAACACAAGAAGCCCCAUUCCUCCAUACCAAGCCCACCAAGAAGCCUCAAUCUCAAUGUCAAUCCAACCCUAACGAACCCACAAGCCUGGACACCAUUAUCUCCCAGAUGCCUCUCGUGCAAUCCCUCCGCCAAUCUCACCAGAACUACAAAGAAUCACGCCCGCACCUCGCCAUCCCGCCUGCAAUCCGACAACAUCAUUUCGUGGGCGGGAGUCUAGCGGGCCAAGGCAAGAUAGCCCUCGCACCGUAUAUGUGGACCUCUUCACAGACGCAGAAGAACGGAUCCUCGAAAAGCAAGGCGAGCAGCGUUGUUUCUGUUUUCCAUAUUGGUCGGGAUCUGUGCGGACAUCCUGGUUUCGUGCAUGGGGGGUUACUCUCUGUUUUGUUUGAUGAGGUGUUUGCUAGAUGUGUCUCUGCUGCGUUUCCUAGUGGGCUUGGAAUGACUGCGAAUCUGAACGUGGAUUUCAGAAAGCCUGCUCUGCCGGAUCGGAUGUAUGUGCUGCGGGCUGAAACUACUAAGGUUGAGGGACGGAAGGCAUGGGUGGAGGGGCGGAUGUUCUGUCUUCCGUUGGCUUUGCCUAUGGCUCAUGGUGGGCCUGGGUUCACUUCGGAUACCAGUCUGUUGAGGGAAGAUAGUGAGGGGGCGGUUAUGGUUGCCGAAGCUAAGGCUUUGUUUGUGGAGCCCAAGUUUGCAGAUUCUAUGGUGUCGGUUUACCGUACCUGA